CCAGCACCAACUACCUUGGAAAAUAAAUAAGAAAAGUUUGAAAUGUCUGAUUCAAGUUCGGAGAUUAAAGAUGCAAUGCCUCUUCAGACACCUCAGAACACACCUUCGACUGGCUUCAAUUUAAGCAGAAGCACUCUGGAACAGGCCAGACAAGAUUUGAACGCGAAGAAACAAGAAGGAUCUGUCCAAAAUCAGGUUCAGGGUCUAAUCCACAACCCUGCGAUGCUUUCCAUGAUUCAAGGACGUUUAAGCACCCUGGUAGGCAAGUCGUCUGGAUACGUUGAAAGUCUACCAGCAGACGUUCAUGCUAGAAUUUUCGCAUUAAAGGGAUUACAGAACGACAGUGAGGGCAUUCAAGUUGAAUAUCGUGAAAAGAUGCUGGAAUUGGAAAGAAAGUAUGAAAAAAUGUAUGAUCCCCUGUUCAAGAGACGAGCGGAGAUUGUGCAAGGUAUCUCAGAACCAAAGCCUGAAGAAUUCGAUCAUGAGUUUGAGGUGUAUAAAAACAAUUCCCCCGAUGUUAAAGGUAUAUCCAAUUUUUGGCUCACAUGUUUGCAAAACGUUUAUCUGGUGGCUGAAAUGAUUAGUAGCCGCGAUAUAGCUGCUUUAGAAGCCCUUGUGGACAUUCGAUUCGCAAAUCUAUCUGAAAAUGAAAAAGGCUACCGAUUAGAAUUUGAGUUUUCUCCUAACGACUAUUUUUCUAAUGAGGUUUUGACUAAGACUUACUACUAUAAGCAAGAAUUGAGUCCAACUGGUGAGUUUUUAUACGAUCGGGCAGAGGGAAGCGAAAUUGAAUGGAAGGGACUCGAAAACAAUUUAACCGUUAAUAUCGAAACAAAGAAGCAGCGUAAUAAACGAACCAACCAAACGCGUUUAGUUCGUAGUACGGUCCCGGCUGAUAGCUUCUUCAAUUUCUUUGCUCCUCCCCAAGUUAACGAAAUGGAUGAAUCUGAUUCCGAGGAUGGAUUAGAGGACAAGACUGAAUUGUUGGAAUUGGAUUAUCAGCUAGGAGAAAUCUUUAAAGACCAAAUAAUCCCCCUUGCAGUUGAAUGCUAUUUAGGCAAUGUUGAGAACGAUGAGUUUGAGGACGAUGAAGAUGAAGAUGAAGAUGAAUUUAGUGACGAGAAUGGUCAAGCUUUGGACGAGUCCUCUGACGAAGAUGCGGUUUUAAGCAGUGAACUCAGCGAUUAAAUGCAUCUUAUUUUAUAAAUUUUUGAAAUAUCUGUCAUUUGUCUAAAACGAAGCUAAUUCUUGGAAUUUUCAGUUUACGAAGUUACUGUUGCCUUGUGGUUACUUUUUGUUCCAUACGAAGACCAAAGCUUUGCAAGAUCUGUCGUUUAUAAUCCCGUCCAAACAAGUACGACUUUAAUUAUAAACUUUUGAACCUUUGGUCUAGGUCAUUUGGGUGUGGUAUAUUCAUUGGGUUGAACACGUGAAACCCAUUCUCAUAAUAUCUUACUUUUCUUGCAAUACUAGCAAGUUCGUUAAAUACGGAUCUAUUUAGUCCUAUCUAACAACAAUUUGACGUAUUUCGCGAUAGGUACAUCCAAUAAGUCAUGAUCAAUGCAAGUUUUCUAUGGAUCCAAGGAGAGAUUUGACAAUCCGGCUAUUCAUUUUUGAAAGGAAAUUGUGUGAAAACUGUUACUCUUUACAAUCUAUAAUUGGUAAUAUCUCUAUUGCUGAUUCUACUCAAUUUAAUUUCGUAGGAACGUAUUCAAAAUAUCCAACUGGAAAUGUCAUCUAAUAAAUAUUUACUUGGUUCUGCUAAUAAUAUGAGUUACAAAAUGAAUUGAAUGUUUGGUAGGAGGUUUUCAUGAUUCGUUUGUAAAGAUUUAGACAUGCAACUAGUACUUGCCGCUAAUCACAACCUUCACAAAAUGGACUUUGUAUAUUUGAUAUUUAUAUGUACUUCUAUAAUUAUACUUACAUAGCAGAAGAAUAAGCUUCCCCAA